AUGAUUUCUCUUUUCCUUACUACUGCAUCCUCAGCGCCAGAGACAUGUCUUACUAUAGAAUCGAAUGAAAGGCAUUAUUUGAACCCAGUCAGUGGUUCAGUAUUCAUUAGAAACGGUAAUUUUCAAAAAUUAACAUCAGAUAUCGGAGGAGCUUUAAAUAUAGUAGGAAACGUACAAAUCAUUAUCGAAAAUAGUCGUUAUUCCUCAUGCCGUGCAGACUCAAAUUCGAAUGGCCAAGCCGGAGCAAUUUAUAUUAACACAAGGAAAUUCGCAGUACUACGAGAAGUCUGUUGUUUGAACUGUACCGCUCGAAGUAGCUGCAAUUGCUUAUAUUUAUCAACAAAUGUUAACGAAAAAAAAGGUUCAUUUUACAAUCUUAAUAACUUUUUCGGAACAUAUUAUCCAACACCAGAUGUAUCGUAUGUAGUUUACACGAAUUUCGGUGAUCAAUACUUCGAAGGCUGUAAUUUUUCACAAAAUAAUGUUUAUUGCGGAAUUGGACCAGCAAUUAGAUCUGCAUCAUCAUUAAAGAUAUUAACAAAUACGAUAUAUAAUUCUACAUCAAUGUUUAAAGGUUUAGAAAUAAAUAUUCAUAAAUCUCUUCAAAUCAACAGAAUUAUGUUUAUUUCAAACGAAAUUACGACAUACGAUGCACUCUUAAGUGUUGAUCAUUCUACUGUAGAAAUAUUUGAGUCAACUUUCUUUGAUAAUCACGUUUAUUUCUCAAUUUCUAACUCUAACGGAAAUGUUGCAGUUUAUAAUUGUUACUGUGACAUUCUUGAUGUUUCUGGUGCAGUUUCUUUCUCAACUUCUCCUAUUUACACUGAAAAUUAUGUUAUUCAAUAUCAAGAAGCACAAUCUUGUUUCUUCCAAGCAAACAAACGUCUUUCAAUAAAAUUUGGUGAUUACGAACAAGGAAAAUCAUGUUUCGAUCAAUUCAGCCGCUAUCCUUCGCCAACACAAUAA